UCCUUUUCAAUGCGAUAAGCUUGGGGCAUGUCCAUGUCAAUGGAAUAGCGAAUAAAAUCUCACUUAUUAAUCUUAAAAUCUUAAGAAUUCUAGAGGAGAAAGACCACUUUUUUCACAGAUUAUGAUGCCCCUACAAUUUCACAUGCUCUGCUCCAUUCAAACUUCAAACUACAGUAAAAAAAAAAGAAAAAAAAAAAAAGAAAGAUUCAUGCUCCCCCAAUCUUUUUCUUUCUCCAUCGCUAUAAAUAGCCAAAAACCACACUUCAUACUCAAUACCCAGCUCAAAACCAUCCUCCCCAAGUCUUGACAACUGCCCAAAUCCAAUACAAUACAUCCCAUUACUUGGUCCCCAGGAAACUCAACAAUGGUGGUCUUGUCCAAACCAGCAAUUGAACAGUUGUCCUGUAUAAGAAACUCCAAACCCACCGCAUUAUUCUCUGGAAUCCCAACGAUAGACCUAGCAAAACCAGACUCUAAACACCUCCUUGUUAAGGCCUGUGAGGAAUUUGGAUUCUUUAAGGUUGUCAACCAUGGAGUCCCCAUGGAGUUCAUUUCCAAGCUUGAAUCUAAAGCAGUCAAGUUCUUUUCACUGCCACUUUCUGAGAAGGAAAAAGCAGGGCCUCCCGAUCCCUUUGGUUACGGCAACAAAAGGAUUGGAAAAAAUGGUGAUGUGGGUUGGGUUGAGUACUUGCUGUUUACUAUCAAUCAAGAAUCCAUUUCCAAGAAGUUCUUUUCAGUUUUGGGCUGCAACCCAGAUGAGUUUAGGUGUAUUUUGAAUGAUUAUAUAUUAGCUGUCAAAAGGAUGGCCUGUGAGAUUCUUGAAAUGAUGGCUGAUGGUCUAAGAAUACAACCGAGAAAUGUGUUCAGUAAACUUUUGAUGAAUGAACAGAGUGACUCUGUUUUUAGGCUAAAUCACUACCCUCCAUGCCAAGAUAAAGAGAUUCAAGAGCUGAAUGCUAACAAUGUGAUUGGGUUUGGAGAGCACACAGACCCACAAAUCAUUUCUGUGUUGAGAUCCAAUAACACUUCUGGCCUGCAAAUCUCUCUUGGAGAUGGCAAUUGGAUUUCAGUCCCACCUGACCAGAACUCCUUUUUCAUCAAUGUUGGGGACUCAUUGCAGGUGCUGACCAAUGGAAGGUUUAGGAGUGUGAGGCAUAGGGUUUUAGCCAACAGCAUGAGAUCCAGAGUUUCCAUGAUAUAUUUUGGAGGACCACCUUUGAGUGAGAAAAUAGCUCCAUUGUCCUCAAUUAUGAAGGGAGAGGAAAGCUUGUACAAAGAAUUUACAUGGUUUGAGUACAAAAGAUCUGCAUAUAAUUUAAGGUUGGCUGAUAAUAGGCUUGGCUACUUUGAGAGAAUAGCAGCUUCAUGAUUUGCAUUUAUCUGUAAAAAAUAAAAAUAAAAAUUGUAAGAAUUUGUCUUCAAAUACUUUUUAUUGGGUUUAAGGUAAACCCCAUUUUGCUUCCUUUCUUUUUUCUUUCUUUUCUUUUCCUUUUAAAAGGAUUUUGCUUCCUUUCUAGCAUUGCAAUUCUCUUUUCUUCAUAUGAUAAUAAUUCAUGUAAUUGUCAAAGUUAGAAAUAUAAUAUAUAGUUGCUAUA